GGGGGCGGGCGUUGUAUCCGGUGCAGCAGUGACAGGGGAAAAGAGAGCACUAGGCGAGUUGUCAGCGGCUUCAGCUGGAUAAACGUCGGGAGUUCUAUUUAAGAUAAUUCAACAGUCAGGGAUAUUUAAAAAAAAAAAAAACUUUGAUCUGGAAGAUAUGUUCAGGCGAGUUGUACGAGCGAGCAAAUUCCGUCAUGUCUUCGGCCAGGCGCUGAAGAAUGACCAGUGCUACGACGACAUCAGAGUAUCGAGGGUCACAUGGGACAGCUCGUUCUGUGCCGUCAAUCCCAAGUUUGUCGCUAUCAUCAUAGAGGCCAGCGGAGGCGGGGCCUUCCUGGUCCUCCCUCUUCACAAGUCGGGCCGCAUUGACAAGGCCUACCCCACAGUGUGUGGUCACACAGGCCCUGUACUGGACAUCGACUGGUGCCCCCACAAUGACCAGGUCAUCGCCAGCGGCUCGGAGGACUGCACGGUCAUGGUGUGGCAGAUCCCUGAGAACGGGCUGGUUACCGGCUUGUCUGAGCCUGUGGUGGUCCUGGAGGGACACUCCAAAAGGGUUGGCAUCAUCACAUGGCACCCCACGGCACGCAACGUCCUGCUCAGUGCUGGCUGUGACAACCUGGUCAUCAUCUGGAACGUGGGGACGGGCGAGGCCAUGAUCCAGUUGGAGGACAUGCACCCUGACGUCAUCUUCAGCGCCUGCUGGAACCGCAACGGCAGCCUCAUCUGCACCGCCUGCAAGGACAAGACCAUCCGCGUCAUCGACCCCCGCAAGGAAGAGAUUGUAGGGGAGAAGGAGAAGGCACACGAGGGGGCGCGGCCCAUGAGGGCCAUCUUCCUGUCGGACGGGAACGUGUUCACCACAGGCUUCAGCCGUAUGAGUGAGAGACAGCUAGCCCUGUGGAACCCGCAAGCCAUGGAUGAGGCGAUCUCAGUGCAUGAGAUGGACACCAGCAAUGGAGUCCUCUUGCCCUUCUAUGACCCAGAUACCUCUGUGGUUUAUCUGUGUGGUAAGGGUGACAGCAGCAUUCGCUACUUUGAGAUCACGGACGAAGCCCCAUUUGUCCACUACCUCAGCACCUUCACCACCAAGGAGCCCCAGAGGGGAAUGGGAUACAUGCCCAAGAGAGGCCUGGACGUCAACAAGUGUGAGAUCGCCAGGUUUUAUAAACUGCACGAAAGGAAGUGUGAACCGAUCAUCAUGACUGUGCCAAGAAAGUCUGACCUGUUCCAGGACGACCUGUACCCAGACACGGCAGGACCAGAAUGUGCCAUUGAGGCGGAGGAUUGGUUCGAGGGGAGGAACGGCGAGCCCAUCCUCAUUUCCUUGAAGAACGGUUACGUCCCUGGCAAGAACCGCGACCUCAAGGUGGUCAAGAAGAACAUCCUGGACAACAAGCUGAGCAAGAAUGCGGAGAACACGGGCACAGUCAACAAGUCUGCCUCAUCCACUCCAUCCAUAAAAAACGAAGGCAAGCUGGAAGAGAUCUUGAAAGAAAUCAAAUCCCUCAAGGACCUGGUCAGCAGUCAGGAGAAGCGAAUCAUCCAACUCGAGGAGCAGAUGUCCAAGAUUGCCAUUUAAGGACCCUCCCCUCGCCCCGCCACAAUUCAGGACGAUCCGUUGGCUGGGAGGUGGGCGGGACACGUCACUGGCAAUCUAGACGAGUGUUCCGCCUGAAACCUGCCUAGUAACGAUCCCAAGCAACAUUCCGAGAUUAACUUUUUUUCUUAGUCAGCCCCUAACCCUCAGAUAAAACAGAUGAAAUAUGGCAAACCGUUCCUUUUAAUAAGCGGCAGUUUAGUUUUGUUUGUAUGAAAAUUCUCCCAUAUUCCUUUUAAGAUUGUGACCCAGAGAAUUCCAAUGUGAACAGUUCCUAUGUUUUUAUAUGUAGGUAUCAGUAUUUUGUCUCCCCAAAUACCCCAACUUCUUAUCUUGCCAAAUUUUUAAGCAGUUUUGUUUACACACCACCUUGACAGUAUAUCUUUUUUCUUUUGUUUUCUGGGAAGAUUCCAAAUCGGAACUAUAAGGGACAAUGCAAUAUGCUGGUAAUGCAAGGAGCAGGGUUUCAACAAUCCAUCAAAUACUGUAAAAGACAUCAAUGAGAAACUGACUGACAGACCACUAAACACACAGAGAAAUUGAUCCUGAUGUAUCAUAAGAGUGUUUAGAUAUCAAAGACAACAGAAGUACUGAGGUAUACAAGUGGUGACAUGAUUCAUGCUGUAAGUGUUGUGUGAAAGGUUGCCUUUUGUCUUUUUCCUGAAGCUCAACCCUUACCCUCCCCUCUUAGUGGACUACAUCGUAACGGGGACCACUGUCUACACUUGCUAACAUCGCCUGACCAGAGUUAAUGCAUGCAAUAGAUAUUCUACUCGAGAGAAAUUCUCCAUCUUUGGUCUCUAGCUUGUCUUACUAAGCAAGCAGCAAACAGUCCUUUCAUAUCAUUUGAUACCUUCUAUAACGUAUGUAUGCAUCUAUUGCAGUAAACAACUUGAACAACGUUUUCAUCUCCAUCUAUUUUGUGUCACAGGAACAGAAAGGGUAUUAGUGAACUAGAUAAAAAUGACCGGUUAGAUGUCAUCUGUACUUCUCGUAGCCUUUAGAUCUCACCUUAAACAGGUUUCUUGUUUGGAGUUUACAAUGCACAUGCCCCAAUCCAAAAAUCCUUUUCAAUCAUUUCGGUGACCACUGUGAUCAACAUCGUUAGUUCCAGUCUUAUGAAACAGAAAUUUGUCAGUAUGUCCCCCCUCCCUCUGGCCCUGUGACACAGAUGGUAUGUAUGUACUGUAAGCUGUGCUACUGACUCAUGACAUGCAGUCACCUGGGGUGCUUCUUUUGUACAGGUUCCUGUGGCAAUGACCUGUGUGCUGCCCAGAGAAGGACCAAUGGAAUUGUGGGUUAUGUCGCUGGUUAACAUUUCCACAUGCUUUCAGUAGUAUAUCAGACUUGUUCUGCCUCUUGAGGUGUUUGUGUCGUUUGUGCAGUCAUAAACCCCAAUGUUGAACCAUGCCCUUGUGUUCAGGGUCCGUGUGCUAGGAUGCUCACUAUUCACCAUCUCAUUGGCCCAUAUUCGUACAGCCGACCAGAGUGAGUGAAAGGUGUGUCUGAAACUAAAACAAUUUGAUCCUGCUUUGAACCUCUGUUGGUUGACAACGGACGACAAGAUGUGACGUGGAGAGGCUAGGCUUUCAGGAUGUGCGAAUAUGUGCCUCGUAUUACUUUGGCCUUGUUGGAGUUUUUUGUUUCCCCAGAUAGGGAAUGUGAGAGGGAUUUUGGAUAUUAAAUGGAUUCACCGUAGGGUGUGACCAAGGUUCUGGCCUAUGAUAACAGAAUUAGAUGGUGUGGUGGUGAUGAUAGUAAUUUAAAUACUGUAUGUUUUAGUCUUGCUUCCUUCUCCGGCUCUCCCAUUGCAGAUAUCCCACUGUACUUCCUUAGCAGAAUUUUAAAUAGCUACCCUUAAAUACUCUGUCACAUCACUAGAGAAUCAGAGGAACAAGGAGUCGUUUGGAUCAUCUGAAUAUUUGAUGGUGUUGCCAACUACGAUAAUACAGUAGGUUCUGUUGUCAUGCUAUUUUUGUUUAUUUUCCAGGCGGGGUGGGUUAAGGUUCAAUAUUAGCCUUUAAAGUUUGUUACCACUGAAUAGAUCAGAAAGUGCCGUAGAGGUGUGCACAGGAAGUGCUUAUGGAAGACAGGGUUUGAGAAUGGUGUGAGUUAUUUAGCAGGAUAGGGAGUGAAUGGGCUGCCCUGAGUGGCUAGAAAGCACUGAGAAAUGUACGUUUUCAUCAAUCCAUCUUGGAAUCCAAGUAUCUAAGAUUAUAACCAUGGAUGCAAUUGGACACAGAGAUAUGGAUUGGCCAGGGGAGGUUGUCUUGGGUCUUGUGUCCUGUAUGUACAUCAGUGCUUCUCCUGGGCCUCCUUGGACCACUCAAGGCAGUGAGAGCUGUGAUGUUUGGUAUAUUAGUGAAUAGCGAUUCAAAGGGACACGGUAGGUUGGUGAAAUAUGUAGAGAUGUAUGUGAUGUUUUGAAAUAAAGGCCUAGAAUAUGAUUGAAAGCUUUGUAAAUAACAUGACCAUGUAAUUGUAUUUUUCUUUGUACUUUUUCUUAUUCAUUUGUUUUGUUUUUGAGCUGAAAGAGGGUUUUUGUUUAUGGUGGGUUUUAAAUGUUUCCUCCUGUCUGCGUUCCCUGCCCUUGCCAUAAUGCAUCAUGACAGAACAGAAUCUCCAUUCUGUCACCGGUAUUAUAGAUACAAAAAGAGCUAAAUGAAUUACAGAAGAAAAACGAACAAGAAUUCAGCCUCUUGUGGAGGUCUGUUCAACAUUUUUGUUAAUUUCUCCUGCUUCAUGUAUCAACAACUCAUUGAUUAUCAGAAAAAUUAAUAAAGAAAUGAAAAGUU